UUUGCAGCAUGCCUUGGCUACGUUGAGGUCAUCCUACAGCUCUGCAAGCAGGAUGCCGACAUGAACAUGAGGGAUGUAUGGGGAAGGACAGCGAUGAUUGCCGCUGCGACACACCUUCCUCCUCCUCUCUCCUCCCUCAACACCUCCGUCUCCUGCCUGCAGAGGAGGCUCAUCUGCAUUCGGGUUCUGAAGCAGCUGGGGGCAAACGAGCAGCUGCAGGACGAGGAGGGGAACACAGCGCUGCAUUCUGCCAGCUCUGACGGCUUCCUGGAGGCCGUCGCCCUGCUGCACGAGCUUGGAUGCCAAGUAGACAGGAGGAACGAGGAGGGAAACACGAGUAUGAUGCUGGCGGCUGGAGCAGGACGAGGCCCCGUCGUCUCGUACCUGCUGGGAGUCAGAGGGGACGCGAGCUUGAAGAACGCGUCCUCCUGUACCGCCGUCAUGCUCGCCGCA